CAGAUUUUUAGCGCAAUAAGUACGGGAUUAGUCGAAGGAAAAAAAUAUUAAAAAUCAUAUUUUAUUUGUUGAUUUAGUGUGACGAGAAGUAGAAAGACUCGUGCGACAAAAAAUAAAGUGAAUUAAAGAAAAGAGACAAUUAAUAUUCAGGAUUAAAAGUGAAGGAUAAAUUAAUUCCAAGAAAUAAAAAAUGAAGUUCUACACGGCCUUGUUAGUGGGCCUAGCCACAGUACUAGGAAUAGCCAAUGCUGAUGUUAGUCAUUUGUCGAGAAAUCAACAAGCAGGACAUAACACAUAUGUCGCUAAUGAUGGACGUGUUGUGAAACAAUCUUUUAAUGCAAAUGGCAAUGCUGCAUUUUCAGCACAAAAUGGUAAUAGUAGAAAUUCAAAUAAAAAAUAUUAUUGGGUGAAUUCAGAUGAUACACAGUACACAUCACAAAGACUACAACAUAAUUCUAAUGGAUGUAGUAGGUGUGCAGCAUCAAGCAACACAGUACACUUAAAACGUCAAAAUACACCACAACAAUCAUACAAUAAUCAUAACAAUAACAUAAAUGGACAUUACAUUACACGUCGUCCACACACACAACAGCUUCAGCAACAAGAAAGUCGUCAAAUUCAAAAUACACAUAAAUCAGCUCAUAUUACAGGAUCUCCACGUGAUGUCAACAAUUAUUUUGCACAACAGCAGUCAUCACGCUUCUCACAACAAUCGGCACCAUGCACUGACUCUAAUUCCGCUUGUGUCGCACCCCAAUUUUGCUUCAAUGGUGUCAUUGAUCAAUUGGUUGAGAAUAAAGCAUCACGCAGUACGAAUGGACGUUGCAAUACCCAAGAUGUUUGUUGCAAAUUUGCUCAACGCAGAAGUGCCAAUUUCAAAGUCAUUGCCUUAGACAGUGUAGCAUCACCAGCUCAAUCAACAUCGGAAGUAUUAACAAAUGAAGGAUAUGUCGUAAGAAAGCCAUCUAACAAAUAUCUUCCAUCUUUUGAUGAUCAACCAACAAACGAAGAUCCAGUUUUUCUUAAACCAACUCCCCAACCAGCAACUCGACCACCACCCCCUCCAAUAACUACUCGUAGACCACAAACACCACCUCCACAACCUCCUCGUCCAACAAAUCCACCACGUCCUAUUGAACCAGCACCAAUUGUCAUUCCAAUCGGAUGUUCUGCUGCAUUAAAUUGUACAAGAAUUGAAAUGUGCUCAGCUAUUGGCGUCAUCUCAAAAACUCCAGUCAUUCUCACACCCGAACAACAACUCUUCCGUGUUCCAUUAAGUGAAUGUCUUCAUCCACAAACAAAAGAACAAGGUGUGUGUUGUCGUGAUCCAGAUUACACUGAUCCAUGGCCAGUAGGUCGUACAGGUCAAUACGUACCCGAUGAAUUAAACUCCGUUUUUGAUAGUGGUGCAUACAAGCCUGAAACAACAAAUGUCGAUAUUGUACGCGUUAAGCCACCAACUGAAGGUUAUGUGAUUCCCCAACCAUCAAACAAUCAAAAUCGUCUUUAUCUUCCGCCCAGAAAUCAAAUUUAAGAUGAUUUUUUACUUUUAUUGAUUGACUUAAAAUUAGAAAACCUUUUUUUUUUAUUUAAGAAAAGAAAAAAAUCACCAAAAUUUUCUUUCAUUUUUCUUUGUAAAACUAAGAUUGAUACGCUGAGAGAAAAAAAAGGAGUUUAAGAAUGGACAGAACUUGAUAUUGAUGAAGAAAAUGUUGAGCGUUUUUUGAAUUGAUCUUAAAAAGUUUUGGAAAUGAUUGUUGAAUCACCUCUAAAUUGAUGGUAAUAAACACUCAUAAAAUCAAAGACCUGUAAAUAGUUAUUUUUUCUCUUAGUGGCUUGACAUAAGAAUUUCAUUAAAUUUUCAUCUUUUUAAAAUCUUUUCUUCUUUC